AUGGUGUCUUUGGCUGUGUAUUUUUCGCUGACCACAAAACAGAAGUCAGCUCGUUUGGUAGAAGUUGAUCUGAAUGAGGGCGAAACGCUUACGUAUCAAGUGGACCAACACAUCCAGCUGCAAGGAAGCGAUGUGGAAAACGGUAAAUCUUUUACAUUUAUAGUGUGUACAUCUGUCUACAGUGAAAGUGAUAUUAAUAUUUCUUCUUUAAUUAAAUUCUUCAUGAAUAGCAUAAUAUAUAGAUUUAGCCAGGGCUAAAAGGGAAGCUCCCAUUAAUAAAUUUAUAAUUUAAGUCAAACAAUAAACUUGUGAUCGACAAAUUAGUUAACUUAAGAGCACAUUCAUGUGACUUUUGAGGGAAAGGCUAUUAAGUGAUUUUAGUGUGAAACAAAUCUUACAUCGAGUUGAUAGCCUUAUAUGUACACCCAAAAAAUAGCAAUCAACUUCGAUCACAUUUAUAGACCCCGGCCCUUGAUCACAGUAAAUUAGGCCAGGAAAACUGAUUCUUGGAAAGCAAAUCGGGCCGAAUUUUUUGCGUUCAACAAGUUUACUUUACAAAAUCUGCCAACAAAUCUGGGUGCGUGUAAACUAACCUUUUAUAUUUUUCUUAUGCAUCAUAUCUGAGGUAAAACAGUACUAUGAGGCGCUGUUUUUAUCAUACAGACCUCAGACAGAAUGCAGUAUUUCACAGUUAUUCAAGACAAAUUGCACUCAUUCAAUAUUCAGGGCCAUCGAAGCACGCGUGGGCUUUUAGCAAAGCCGGCGUUCAAAAAAUUUCCAAAAUCACCCAUAUGGCAAGGCGGUUCUCACUUUUAACAAGCGCCAAAUUUGCAGUGAACGUUAAUAGAGUUACGCUUCAACAUAAUAAAGAAGUUAUUGUGUUUAUUUUUUAUUUAAUUGUUUUAUACCGAUAUAUAAUCUUAAAAAGCGUUUGAUACGCGCGGCAUUUUGAGUACUCCUGCAAGCGAUGUUCACGAACGACUGAAAACAAACGGCAAAGCGAUUAAAAUUGCAAGAGAGACAAACUAAAAAUCGAUAAAAGAAACAUAAUUCGGUGAAACACUUACAGAGACAACAAUUUUCAUAUACGAAGACAAGUAUAAAAGUGUCUCUAAAAAUCCAGAGACUUUAAGCUUAAAAGUUAUAAGUUUAUGUUUUGGCUUUCCGGCGUUUGCUGUUUUCAAAGAUCUUCAAAUAUGAGCUCGAGGCAAGAAAACCGCUCAAAGCUUUCUUUCUACAGCCAAAAUUAUAACUAAAUAUUCUUCGGAACGUUUUUUCUUUCUAUUUGCGGUGAGAAAAUAUCGACUAAAGGCUAGUUAAAGUUCUGUAAGUCGAUCAAACCUCAUCCUAGGUCAGAUCAAAUACAAUAAUCAGGGGCACCCAACGAGAAUAUAGUUCAAAACCACAUAAACAUAGCAUUGUUGAACGUACUUUAGUAUUUAAAGGGUGGAUAAAGGCUUAUUUUUAUCCCCUAAAAAUUUUUCAUCUGUUCGGAUUUCCUAGCUGAAAGUAUAGUGAUCCGAAAGGGAUCAAAAUUUACCUUUUCGAAAAUUUCAGCCAGAAAAAAGGCUCCCGAAAAUUCUAGGUGACCUUUUUAGGGUAAAAAUCCGUUAAAAAUGGGCAAUUAUACGAUUUUUUUGAAGUUCGAAAAUCCUAGGAGAGGCAGGCAAGCAAGAAAUUUUUCAGAAAAUGGUCCGAAAAUUCUAGACCUCAAAUCGUCUUCGGAACAGAUAAUUUUCCAAAAAUUGUCGUUGGGUGCCCCUGAAUAAUUGCUCAGGCUACCAUUCGACAUACAGCUCCUGAAAGCGAUCAAGUAAGGCCAGUAUCGCUUGAGACUUUUCAACCCUCUCACGCAUCCAGCAAGGUAAAAAACGAAAACGAUGCCAUCCGAAAUUCCGACUUUGACAAGCGAAGCAUUUCCCAACCAAAAAUUCAAUAAACAAAGCAGCAAUGGCAACAGAAGACUCUUGAUAGCAGCUGUAUUUCAUUUUGUACAUCCAGUGGAAAAAGACAGUUAAAAGCACCACAAGUUGACACAAAAGUCUGUCAGCUUCAAUUGUUAAAGUAAACAAGGUUCAACAUGCUGUAUAAAUUUUCCGCAUGAACUUACCUGUCAAAUUUUGACCAAUCAGAGCAUAAAAAUUGGACGCAGAGCGUGACCAACGCGUGACUAUGGUGAGAAAAGUGAAGAGCAUCUGUCUUCCCUGCCUGUAUUUUUAAAUAACUGGCUGAAUUUUCGCGUCUGAGGUCAGUUUGAAAUCAAAAUUUUAAUAGUGCGGGGCUAUAGUGACAUAAACACAAAAUAUUUCAUAUGAAUUUAUAUUAAAAAAUAAACUUGAGCCUAAGAUCAUUUAAAAACUAGAAACUUCUCAGCGGAUGACUUCAAAAAAAUACUCGACAUGGAUGGGUCGACACCUGAGCCCGCGAUACUGUCAGGUGAUACUGUUCAACGGAUACCUUGUUUUGACAGCUGUCAAUUGAUCACAAUAUUAAUGUGCAAUCAGCUUUCUCCUGGGCUCCCCAAGUAGCUAGAAAGUGUGAGAGUAAAAAUUGGUAUGCUUGUGGUUCGGUCGGACGGUCUGAGGCGGUGUACGGUCACGUGAUUACCAAAUUUUCUGGGAUGGGUAGAUUUACUCACUCAUGGUGCUCCGCUGGCGCGCUUCGCGCGCGCAAGAACUCCGCUAUGAACUUCAAGUGUUUCUUAAACGAAAAGUGAUUAUAGAUUUAGCAAUUAUUGAAUGAGGCUGAGUAGGAUGUGAAGAAUUCUCGAGAUCAAGGAGGGUGUUAUCCACCGCAACGCAUUAGUUCAUAUACCCAUGAAUUUUGCGCUAUAUAAAUAAUAAAGUUUUGUUUACCUAGGCCUUCGGCCUCGGUGGAUAACACCCUCCGAGAUCUGCAGAAUUCUUCAUAUCCUACGAAAGCCGAAUUCAAUAAUUGUUUUAUUAUUCCUUUAAAAUAAUUCCAAGUUAAAAACGAGCUAAGACAUGCUAACCUCGGUCGAUGUAAGUUCAUAUCGAUAAUGCAUCUUUAUCGGGAAGUUUAGGAGAUUAAGGUCGGCUCAGGUCUGCAAAUAUACUCCAAAUAGCAGAUGUUGCCCGUCGAGUUUACUUCUUGCUGUUUUUGCGAUGUUUUUAGACAAUAUUUCGCCGUGAAACGAGUAAAAUGUUCCGCCGACAGUUCUGCCAUUUUGUUCUAACUACCAAAACAACUCAACCUCGUCCCCAGGUUUCUCGGUUAACGGUUCAAUAACCUGCAACCGGCUGCACUUUUGACGUCAUUUUCACGUCAUCCGUUCAAUAUGACAAAAUUCUUUCCAAAUUUGGUCAACAGCAGCUAGUUAUGGUGAGUUGUGCGUGUGGUUUUAACCAACCGGUAAAGGGGAAAUAUUUUAAAUGAAUAAUAUAAAUUAUUCUCUCUUGAUCUGAGGCGACCCAAUGGCGUGUUUUGAAUGGGUCGUUAUCAUGAUAACAUCACCAUCUUCAUUAUCGUUAUCAUCAUCCUCGUCAUGCAUCAAUUGGCUACCCCUUGUUAAAUUAUCUGAUUUUAAUUGGUAAACUAUAUUUAUGGGAUUGCAGAAAGAAACGGGCACUUCCAAACAUUGAAGGUUUCAAAUUUAAAGUAAGAAUUAAAUACCAAGUUGAAAAAUAUAUUUCCACCAAGAAUAAUAAAUUAGAAACCUUUUAUGGAAAUGGCCAAAAGACAUUUCUCCCCUUUAAUUAAGUUCGUGUGCAUGUAAUUAAAAUUUGUAAUCUUUUAUUAGAUACUUUUUUUUUGUUUUGGUUUUUGUUUUAUUUCAGGGUGUACUGUAAAUAAGUGUUAUUUUCUCUUUUAUCUACAUAAUUAAGUAUUAAUUAACUCUUUGUAAAAUAAGCCACAUUCAGCAAUUGCGCGGCUGUUUUUUGGCUGUAAUAUAUAUAAUUGUGAAAUGUAGGUCGUUCAGUAAGUAUGUCUGUUAUUGCGGUUGUUUAGAAUUUUGUAAUUAGUUUCUUUUUAAUUAGUUCUUUGUAAUUAGAGUCAUAAAUAUCUUGAAUUAAAAAAAUGCAUCAAUUGGCCUUAUUGGCAUUAGCCUAAUUGCAGUAACGUUGUCAUGCAAAUCAGAAAUUUAUUAGCCAUGCAAAUAACACGUUUUGAUAUCUUUAUAAUGCUGAUAUCACUUUUGUAGUAUGGCAUAAUACUUUUUUCUUCGUACUUUUUUGCAGUAACCAUCCGUGCGAUAGUGGGCAUCCGGGUUCUCAACAAGACUUCCGAGGAGUACUGGUUCCUAACGAAAUUCAAGUUGUCCCAAUUGGGUGAAAAUCCGGCCAUGAAGGAGCAAAACAUAAUGACAGACUAUUUUCUGGUUCGACUCCAGAUUACCUCAAGGUAAAACUAGUUAAAACUUACCAAAUCAACUUUUUUAUUCAUCGCUAAUUUUUUUUAUCCGCAGACUCAAUUUUUUAAAUCGUUCAGAACAACACCACAAAAGGUAAAAAGAAAUCUUCGACGGCUUUUAGGAUAUGGAGUUACGAAAUUUUUUCUAUCGACGGUGAUACAACUGUGAUUCUCCUUGUCAUGAUUAUGUUAAUUAGAAUAAUUUAGCAUACAUUAGUGUUUCACGUGGUCAUGUAAAAUCACUGAGUCAUUAUAGAAUGCUGGGUCCUAAAACAUGGCACUUGUGUGCGUGUUGUGUUAUAGGGGAAUCCGGAUUUCGGAAUCAGGGAAAUUGUUUGUGGAAUCCGGAAUCCUGGGCUUUGGAAUCCGGAUCCAACUAACGAUUGGAAUCCAGAAUCCAAGUUCCACUGACAAAGACUGGGAUCCAGUACCUGGAAUCCGGAAUCCACGGGGUGGAAUCUUCAAUUGAUGUUCUUAGUGAAUUUCAUGUUUGGUGAGAAAACCCCUUAACCAUUUUCUACGUUCGGCUGAAUCGCCCAGAAAGCUGCCUGAAACAAUCUAAAGUGAUAACUGUCCUUUCAAAUACCAAUAAUGGUUCACACUCCUUUGCUUUCUCCUUGGCCGACUUGUUACUCAUUUUUGAUUUUAGGCCAACAAGCCCCCCAAGAAACAAAACCAGCGAGUCCUUUGAAGUUUUCGGGCCUCCACACAUUCAUCCCGAUCUUCUCCGUGAAGUAUACAGCAUCUUAGAGCAACUACUCCCAGCCGUGCAACGAAACCUGUACGAAGAUGUUGACGGGCAGAAGGCGGCAGAUUCGAAUUCACCCGAUCAUGAAGAAUCUCCUUUGCUUCCUUCCUCUGUUAAAAUGCACCGAAAGGCAGUCACAUCAGACAAGAACAUAAUUCUUAUCAGGAAUCAUUUUGACCGCGCAGAUCUUGUUAACUUGUCCUCCGAAAUUGAUUUUGAUUUGAAAUAUUCCGAUUCGGCGUUUAUUAACAAGAGCAAUGGAAUGAUCACCGAGAGCCGUGCUUAUUUUUCAGAAGAGUUGAAUUUCGGGGAACCAAUUCAUAGUAAUAGCAGUUCUGAUGUUAGAUCUUUGAAAGUAGCUAUGACAAGCCUGGUUACCCUCAUUGAAUUACCAAACUACUUCGAACAGGCGGAAUCCGAAAGAGUUAAAGUCCACCUUUUCGUGAGCCUUUCUCUUCCUAAGUCUAAGAGCACUUUUUCUGUUAAGGAAACACGAAAAGUGCAAACAGGCCGUGCGGUUUCUAAUUUAACCCUAUCACCAUCGGAGACUCCUUUGGCGAACCAAACGUACAAUUCAACCAACUCUUCGAGCAUUCUUCUCACACGAUCCCGACGAUCGACGAACUUAGCUUUCGAUUACUCUUCCACACUGUUUCAAAAGAAGGUACUCGGGAUAAUGGUAAAGGUCACCGCAAGGUAUAAGGUACAAGAAGGCGUCAAAGUGAGGGAGACUGUCGUUCUUUACAUUGGAAGAUUUCACAUAACAUUAUUUGACCGGGCGUACUCAUGGAGUCAAUUGAAGCAGCAAAAACCUCUUAGUUGGUCAUAUUCUUGGAGCAAAACCUUUGUAAGUGCAAGUUCUCUUUUUUGGUAUACUUUCAUUAAGAAUAGACGAUUCUUUACACUGGUUAAAAGAGGAAAAAGCUCUCCUUACUGUGGUUCAAUACUAGACAAAAUUAAAGAUAAACAAAUACGCCGGAUGAAAAUAUAAAGGUGAUUAAAAUUCUAUUGUUUCACUAUCAGGGUGGAAGCAAACAAUGGUCCCUGGUACGUUAUGAGCUACAGUAGAUGACCUCUAUGGAGCAAUCUUUUAUGCGUAUUCUCGCAUUUGUUCCGUUCAGUUUUCAGUUUAGUCAGUAAUUUGAUUAUUUUGUCUUCGGGUAGCCGUGAAGUAUAUCGCCAUUUCCUUGUGUUCACCAAUGCCAAAGUAACUAGGUUGCCUCGCCUCUGCCUGAAAAUGAGGUUACUAAGAUAAAGGGCCCAUGCAAUAUCUAAAACCAACCAAUCAGAUUGCUCCAAUUAUGGUCUAAUAAAUCCUGAGUGUUGGAUCAGGCCAGUUGUAACACUGAAAUAACAUAAUUGCAUUCUUCCUCUCAAAUAUUUAACCAUUCUAGUAAACCUCCUCGGAUUCGAAAGCCGCUUUCAAGUUUUUGCAAGAAGAUCUCGUGUGACCAAGAGAGUAAUUCUCUUGAUGUGACACACUGUCAGAGGCUUUCUAAAAGUCUAAAAAAGCCGCCGCCACAAAGCUGCCGUUCUCCACAUCUAAGUCAGCUGACCUUGUUAGAGACACUGAUCUAUAUAUAAUAGCCACAGUCUGUCUCGUCCCAUAAUUUUUUAUACAAGGGUAAUUUAAAAGUGUAGCCAUUGUUUUAGUCUGAAAACUUGUAAAACUUUUAUUAUAGGCCCCUCUGGUGUUAGUAGUCUUACCGUCUUCCACGAGGAGAAAACUACCCGUCGUUCGGUACUGUAGAAAAUGGCCAUACUCUUUAAUUCUGACAUUCGAUAACUUUCUGUACAAGUUUGACUCCUAUGAACUUGAGAUCCUUUCCGAGAUACUGUAAACUGUUCUGAACUAUAGAAAUGAAUCCUGAAUGAAUUUGAAUGACCCAAUUACAUUCCAUGAUCUAACACUUAUUUACAUCACGUGUUCUCGAGCUAUCCCUCAGUCCUAUCUCGUUUACAACAGGUACUGUACCUGACAUUUCUGCCAGGUAUAGAAAAUGUUUUAGUAAAGACAGUAAGUAGAAAGGGACUGUAAUUUUAUAAAGUAGUAGCCAAGAACUCAAUUGAAUCAAACACAGUAAAGACCCUCGACUAAGAACCUGGUUUUUUAGGCCUGUUAGGCUAAAAUUUGCAAGUUAGGUCCCCUGUAAACAAGAACCCGUUUACCCUAAAAUUUGAAACGGGUUCUUAUUUUCUAAAAUACUUAUUAAAAACUGAAAAUCCACACUUGGGCGAAUAAGAUAAGUCAACAUCCAGAACCCUCUUUGGAGACAUAGGUGUCUUAUCACUCCAACUGCAAUACAAUGGUAUGUAGAUUUUAUAUAAGGAAUAAGCUGAAUAUACCACUAAAUACUAUUAGCUUUUAUGUACUUUUUUCUUCAGAAAAUAAGAACCCAUUUAAGAACCUACGUAGCCUAAACUUGUGCUAAUUACCAUAAACCUGUUUAGGCUAACUUGGGAAAAUGCAAGUUCUUAGUCGCGGGUUUUUGCUGCAAUGGAAGUCCUUUAUUACUAGACGAGAAUUACUAAGUGUGCUUAAGGCAUUUGCAUUUAUUUUUUCUCUUCUCAGGACAUUGCAAUUCCUGUAUUUGCCUUCAGCCUUGGGGCAUCCUUCAGCCUAGACUUUAAAGCCGGUUCUUCAGUAUCGUAUCCUAGAUCACUGAGCAGUUCCAACAUUAAGUCUGCUGUACAGGUUAAUUAUCUAUUUAUCUUCUAGUACUAGACUACUCUUAGCUUAGUGGACCCUAUUUUUAGAAAGACGAACAGUUAACAGGGGUCUUUAUCCCUCUCAUUGAAAAUUUAUCUUGAAAUACUAAAACAAAACUGCCGAUCACACGACUAUUCCACGACUGUGGCCGAUUUAGAGCAGCAUAUUCGUACCACAUAAAUUAAUAGCGGCCCCAUUUCUAGACUUCAUGACCUACUUGGCAGGAGCCAGUUUUGCUCUGAAUACUCCCAAAAGUAGGUGGUUGUUACGGCUAUUGGUAACUCGAACGUUAGAACACUGUACUUUACCAGUCAAUGUGGGGGGAUUCCAUCCGAGUAUUUUAGGCUACUCAGUAGGUGCCCUCAAAAUUGACGGGCGAGAAGUCAAGUUAACGAUAAUCAAAGUCAUUUGAUCAUCUCAUUGCUUUUGUGAUUUUUUGACCGAGACAAAAUCUUUGGCAACGAGUUUCUUCUUUAAUUAAUGACUGUUGAUUUCUUCUUCAGAUUAGGCCUUAUGCCGAAGCCACAGCGAGCAUCCACGGAUACCUCUCUAUACUCUGGGUAAUCAGAGCAGGAGUGUCCGGACAUGGGACCUUAAUUGAUGUUAGUUUGCCUAUGACACUCUCCUUACAAGUACACCCCUAUAUCCAUUGGUGUGCGACUGUGUCUGCCGACCUGACAGUUUUGAGGAUGAGUGCUCGUGUUUACUAUCAGUUUUGUGCGUUUUUCCUUGGUUGUGGUUCACGUAACACUCUUUUUAGACUGGGGUCAUGGAGUGCAAUUAGCUGGAACAAGGAGCUCAUAAAACGCUGUUGAUAAAGGUAUGAGUCGGAAUGAGGAGUCUUUUUCCACCAUUGUUGAUACGCUUAAGGAGGUAAUUAUUCAUAAGCAGGAAGACUAGCAAAUGGUUGGGCAUGGGGUUGAUAAAUUAGUUUUGUGUCCCCUUGAGGGUGAAGUAGGAAACUCUUUAUAAGUGUAGGCAAAAAAGUACCGCUAGGCAUCAUAACCAGUAUGGUUUCUAAAAGUCUAUUAUGACAGAGCGAGGUUUAUAAGAUUAAGUAACAGUUCAACAGGAAGCCAAACUAUUUGCUGCGACAAAUAGCCAGUACAUGUAGUUGACAGUGAAUCCAAGGUUUUUAAAUUAGAGCAAAGUCAAACAUUGAAUCCUUCAAGGUUAUUUACACGUGGAAAAGGGCAUUCUGUAAUUUUUUUUGUCUGGGGAUAUCUAGUGGUGGUUCGGUCAAACUCCCAAACCUAAAUCCACUAGCGUCUAAAACCUACAGCUAUAACCAAAACCCGACUAAAAGCUGCAAAAUUGCCUAAAAAUUGCUGGAAUUUCAGCAAUUAAAACGCUGUGAACUACCCCUCAAAAUUCUGGAAAUUUUAAAGAAUUUUCCUGACACUCAUACCUUCAGACCCCACUAGAUACUCCCCAAUCUUGGAGGUCAUGCAUUUUAAACCUCUCUUGUAAAUAAAUUCAAGAUCCGCCGCAUUUUGUAUUGACUGAGCUGGCGCAAAUUUAGCUUUGUGAAGUGUUCAGGGGCACCCAACGAGAAUAUAGUUCAAAAACACUUAAACAUAACAUUGUUAAACGUAUUUUAGUAUUUAAACGGUAGAUAUAGGCAUAUUUUUAUCCCCUAAAAAUUUUUCAUCUGUUUGGCGAUAGUUUUACACACGCGGAUACACGUGUUUAAAUGAAUAAACUCGCUUCAUCUCUCUUCCAUGUUUUUAAUAUGAAUAAAAUAGGUCAGUUUCCAAUUUUUAAAGUUAGCUCCCUGAAUCUUUAUGCGAAUUUCAUUUGUUUUAUACCCUCUGUCAGCCACGGAGCCAAAUACCAACUUGAACAAUUUGAAACUAGCCUACUACCUUCGCGGCCCUCAGGGUAUAGUCUGAAAUGUCAACCGUCCUUCGCACCAUUCCCAAACGGGCGGCAAGUUGAGAGAGACGUCUGAAUUUCUAGCGUUGUAAUGUCGCCUCCUAAUGUCACAGACUUUCGCGACGUAAGUCGUCGCUGCUGGGAAUUCAGACGUCUCUCUCGCUUUGCCGCCCGUUGGGGUAUGGGACGAAGAGACGGAUGACAUUUCAGACUACAACAUGUAUAUUCUAUCACCUCCUAGCGCUGUUUUUCGCUGUAAACUGGGAACAUUGCGGAGCUCCUUGCUUACACCGGGAUUCAGAAAAGCGGUUUUAUGUCUGGUGAUGACACGUUCAGAGUUAACGCAAAACUCAGUUAGUAUUAAUACCUGUAUGUGGUCUAUCGAUGUAUUCAUUACGAGCGUCUCCUUUACAGUUUUCGGCUUUCGCUCGAAAGGCGAACAAUCUUUUUUCGUUUGCUUUUAUGAAUUAGCUAAGAACAACAUUUAGAGCUAGAGAGAAAUAAUGUUCAGUAAAUAAAGGAAAUGUUCAAUUGUGUUUAAAUCAGUAAAAGCGAAUGGUUUAGUUUUAACUGCAUGUAAUGGUGCGUAAUGGUUUGGUCAAGAAGUUAUUAAAAUAUUAGUGAAAGUCGAUUGAGUUUAAUGUGACGAGUGAAACUAUAGACAAUCACUAGAUUUUUGCUCCAAAAAUGGAUAAAUUAACAGAAAUGACAAGUACAGUAUGUGUUUAUCAUUCUGGUAGAGGGAACAAACCUUUUGAGAAACAUAAAUAUGCAU